AGUCCUGGCUCUCCACACGCCCCUGGCUAACGGCUGCGAUGGGGAGCCCGUGAUGGGAGACCUCCCUGCUUCUCCAUCCCCCAGUGCGCCCCUACCAACGCGCCAGGGCUCUGGGCAUGAGAUGGGGCUGCUAUUCCCGUUGUCCUGACCCUUCCUGAGCCGUAGGGUCCUGGGGCGCCCGGGGGCGGGGCACGGGGAAGCCCGGCGGUCUCGCCAGUGAGUCGGGCGCCGGCGCUGCGGGCACCUGUUGCGGCGCGCAGGGCGCUGAAUGAGGCUCACCUGCGCGAGGCCCGGCCCAGCGCUGGCGGCGGGCGCACAGCUGAGCCGAGGUUCAGACGCCCGGCCCGCGCCUCGGGCUUCCGCCGGGUCAGCUGACCACCCAGUGCGGAACUAAUACCCGGCCCGAGCUGCCUGCUGCCGCCGCGCUUCUGCUCCGCGCUCCGCACUCGGUACAGCGCGUCCGCCCCGUCGCCAUGGCUGGGCUUGUGGUCAGUGGAGCUCAAGUAUCCUACAUAGGCCAGGACUGCAGAGAGAUUCCAGAGCACCUCGGCAGGGACUGUGGACAUUUUGCAAAGAGGCUUGAUCUGAGCUUUAACCUUCUGAGGUCACUGGAAGGACUGAGCGCGUUCGGGAGCCUGGAGGAACUCAUCUUGGACAACAAUCUGCUCGGGGAUGACCUCGUGUUGCCAGGGUUACCCAGGCUCCACACCUUAACCCUCAAUAAGAACCAAAUCACUGACUUGGAGUGCCUGCUUGAUCACCUGGCAGAAGUGACACCAGCUCUGGAGUACCUCAGCCUGCUGGGAAAUGUGGCAUGUCCCAACGAGCUAGUCAGCCUGGAAAAGGAUGAGGAAGACUACAAGAGAUACAGAUGCUUUGUUCUGCACAAGCUGCCCAAUUUGAAGUUUCUGGAUGCUCGUAAAGUAACCAAACAAGAACGAGAGGAAGCUUUGGUCAGAGGGGCGUUCAUGAAGGUGGUGAAGCCCAAGGCCUCCAGUGACAGCGUUUCCGCCUCUCCGAAGAGCCGCUACACGCCCCUGCCUUCUGCUUCCAGGGAACUCACCAGUCACCGAGUUGAUGCAACUUAAGUGUACACCUUCAGCACGUCGUGAUUAUGAGUGUUAACAAUCCAUCUAUUUGACUUUGUCUGUGGAUUAACUGUUGGGCUUUGUAUCAAGAUAGUGCUAGUUUAAUUUUUACAUUGUGACUAUUGUGACCAUAUUUUCUAAGAGUUCAGAUCAUAAAGAUGAGGAGGAUUGUAACACCAAUGCCAGCAUGACCUAGACAUCCCAGAGAAAGAAGGUUAAAUGGCUGUUAUUUUAAUGAAAGUUGGAAGGACUCAUACAAUUGAAUUGGCCGGUAAAUAAUCAAACAGCAUUUUGCACAGUAUGUAGAAGAGAAGUUUUAAAAAUUGAAAAAAAAAGAAAAAAGAAUUUGCAAUUGGACACGGUGGAGAAGAUGUAAAGGCACAUAUGAAAACUGAAUCUCACAGUCCUGGGAUGAGACAUACAAGUACUUCUAAAUCAGUCAAAAGCUUUCUCGUCUUCCAAGAAGACACCAGCGCUUAGCAGGACAUGGUGCCCGCUGAGUUAGCCUGGGUAUGUCACAUAGACAAGCUGCAUUGUCAUAUUGUUCUUGUGAUCGCUCUAUGAAACUGAUUAAACUUGUAUUUCCUGAUUCAUAGGUUGCCGUUAAAAUGUCCUAUGCCGUUAAAAUGUCGAACAAAGGGGAAAUUUGGGGUAACAUGAGUUGCCCCCCUAGAGAGUAGAGCUAAUUUUGUCAGGUCUGAUGAACAACCAUGCUUUCCAUGGUAGAUCAAGUUACCCCUCAAAUCACAGCAACAAGAUAAUGUUCUCUCUGGCUUUUCAGUAUUUGGACUUGAAAAAGGAGCUUCAAAGGAUCUUCUUGUUUUUGAUGAAGAUUUUAAUGAAACUGCAGAAAACGUAAAACAAAAGAUUGUCUAAACACAAGCUAUACUUCACUCAUCUAUCUGCAUAUUGGCAGACAAUACAAAUGUAAAUAUUGGCAAAUUCCAUUCAGUGUUUAAAGUCCUUACCAAAGAAAAUGAAACGAUCUCACCAGCUAAACAUCCUGUCCACCCUGUCUACAACACUGGUGAAAAGGGGUGUGAUUUGCUUCCCUAUGAUUUUGAAGCUUUCAUAAUGAAAGUUUUUGGUCACUUUCAGCUUCCUCAAAACAGGCAGAAGCACUUGAAAUUUUUGAAGUUAUAGAAAUGGAAGGAGACAGCCUUUUUCGAUACGUGCGUACAAAAUGGCUGUCAUUAUUGCCAGCCACAGAAAAGAUGUUAAAAUGCUGGCCUGCUCUAAAUCAUAUUUUCAAAGCAUGAGACAAGAGGAAUGUCCUUCUCUAAUUUGGAACACUUCGAGGGUGAGAACGGAGAAAAGGAUUACAGUAAAACAAAUUUAUAUGCUGUUUCUCCACAGUUCUUUGGUAAUCUGUGAAGAGGUCACAGAGAGCCUAGAAAAGAAUGACCUGAUUUGUUUGAUGUUAUGUGUAGGAUAUGACAAAAGAUCAUACAAAGAAAAAAACUCAGUUUUUGGAAGUCAGUUUUUUGGAAAUAGGGUGCUUCUGAACAACAACAACCAAAAAUGUCACCACAGCACAGCCAAGUCAAAUAGGUCUUUCUCAGUUUCUUUACUAAAACUAUAACUUACUUGGAAUGCAGCUGCGAUUUCACAAGUUUGAAUUACCUCUGUGCCUUAAAACUACUUUCCCUGAGAAAAAGAAGUUUAACUUAUGAUGGCAUCUAAUUUGCUCCCUCAUGUUUUAAAAACAAUGGACAUGAACCAUCUCUAUGAUGAAUUUAUAAAUGCAACGAUCUGAUUGACAAACUGCUGGUCUGUCAAAAUAAGCAUGUAGAUACAGAGUGAAGGAACAUUUUUGGAGCGCUGGAAACCAAUUCCUAUAAGUCUGAGAUCCUGUUCUUGCUAGUUAAGUAAACUCUGAAAUGUUCCACGCUGAAGUGCUUUCGCUGACAUGGUGUUUGGUUUGAUGUCUCCACAUUGGACUGACAGCAGAACACUGUAAUGUGGGCUUGAUAAGAGCAUAGCCGCAAGUCAAACAGAAUCUUACAUUUGACUAUAUAUUCAGUUACUACUAUAUAAAGGAAAAGAAGGUAUCCUAAAGGCUCUAGGCAGUUCAGAGAAGUACUAUUAGAAAAGGGAAUAGCAGGACUAAAAAUAUCCUGUUAUCGUAAGACAGAAAGAAACAUGUCAUUGUUAUUUUUUAUUAAAUGCAGAUAUCUGUUUCUAUUGUAUUUUCAUUAUUCUUUUAAAAAGUCAUAUAUUUAUGUAUUUUAAGAAUAUAGAAUAAGAUAAUAAGAUAGGAAAAUUUAAAUAUCCAAUAGAGAGUUUAAAAAGCUAAAAUAAAUUGCUAUGUCAGAGGAUAAGAAAAAACAUAAAAAUAUUGUGAAAUUUUUCUCCCAUAUAUUAUCUGUUUAGUCUUCCUAUUAAUUAUUAUUAACUGCCACUGUUAACUAGUCUUCCUUUUUGUUUAAAUAAUAGGAUUUAUAUCAAUGAAGGGUAAAUCAUAUAAAAUAACAUGAUUUCAAAUAAAAAUGGAUUUUUCAUAUUUUUAUGUUAAAGUAAUUAUAUAUGUGUAUCAUGACUUGUUAUGGAUUAUCUUAGGGGGUGGAUUCUGGCAUGGAUGCACACUGGGUUGGCGCUCUAAAAAGUUAGUCAUCCUGUUUGUCACCAGUGUGCUUUUAAUGAGCCUGUCUUGUUUUAAGGCAGGAAAGCAAAUCGAAUUCUCAUUAAUUGCCUUUUACCUGCUACAAAUAAUCCCUCACGUUGGCCAUUGGCUGUAAAAUAAGUCAUCUUUGUCUUGUCCUUAUUGAUUACACAUAAGAGUGGAGGCAGUGUUUCUAAAACCAUUUGUAUGUCAUUUAGGAAACAUUUUAUGUCAUUAAAAAAU